CUUCUUCCUCUUCUGCUUCUGCCUGUCAUGUCUCUGGUAAAGCGUGGGAAGGAGGAGGAGGAGAAGAACGACGAGGAAUUGCGUCUUCAUCCGAGCCUCUAAAAACUUAUUCGGCGAUGCUGCACGCGUCCACCUUCGCUGCUUGAGUGAUGAUAUCGUUGAUUCGAAGGCGGUGCAAUCCCCUCCGUGAAGCGAGUCGUCCUCCCACAUCUCCGGAGCGACGCAGUUCGCGCGCUCCCUUUUGAUUUGCGCGGAGAUCGGGUCGAAAUCGGAUAAGAUCCACGAGGCAGAGCAAAGAGAUAUCCAUAAGACAUAAAAAUGUCGUUGAUUAAGCACAUAACUCCUUUUUUCACUGCCCGGAUUCGAGAGAACCAUAGGCUUUUGAGCUCUUCUGCUUCAGCACUUCGUGAAGCUUCUUCCUCUCCACUGCCAUCUCCUGAUGACGUACACCUGACUGACAGUUGCAUUCAGAGAAUGAAAGAACUGCAGGCGAGUGAAGGAUCCCGUUCUGAGAAACUGCUCCGCUUGAGUGUAGAAACUGGUGGAUGUUCGGGGUUCCAGUAUGUUUUCGAUUUGGAUGACAAAGCCAAUUCAGAUGAUAGGAUUUUUGAAAGAGAUGGAGCCAAACUUGUUGUAGACAAUAUUUCAUUUGAUUUUGUGAAAGGGGCAACUGUUGACUUUGUUGAAGAGCUUAUCCGUUCAGCUUUCCAGGUAACUACAAACCCAAGUGCGGUGGGAGGGUUUAGCUGCAAAAGUUCUUUCAUGGUAAAAUAGUAAUCCUCACAUUUGCUGGAUGGUUCAGUGCCUCGCUCUCCACUGACUUAUAGUUAGUUCUCGACAAACUUUAGCGUCCCUUGAUUACUAUGCUUUGGAAUGUGAUCAUUUGCCAUUGAGUCAUUUAUUGUAAAGUUGGACACACGAGUCACAGACUCAUAACACUUGCAGGGGUUGUUACUCAUUUGUAAGUUCUAUGAGCCUGACUUUUUGACUUUCGACAAAAAAUUUGGUGACGAUUCUGUCCAUGUCUUGUUUAUGUAUCUAGUGGACCGUUUACGAGUUAUUCUGUUUA